AUGGUUUCCGCGUCCACCAGAAAAAUGACUGCUGGAAAGAAUCGCUCUCCUGCCAAAGACCGCAGAUCAGUCACGCGAACCCAAAAUGCAGAAGCAUCGCUUGCGCCAUCUUCGAAUGCUUCGGGUUCUCCUGGUAAGGCUGAGACACCUCGAACCGCUAGAUACUCGCACCGCCUACCGACAGAUCAACAGCGGAGAGGUAAUGGACGCGUUGCUGGACGAAACUUGAUCAUGUGGAACCGUAUGUUCUUCCCCAAGUGCAUCCUUCUCCUCCUCUACGUCUUGCUGAGAGCGAUUGUAGGCCCACGAAUGGCAGAGAAGCUCCUCUUGCAUAUCCAUUAUGAAUGUAGCCGUCAUAAACUCCAGCUUCCCUGGGAUGCCAUUGCUCAUCGUCUUCAUCCUGGAUCGUCUGGCGCUGCCGUAAUCCAGCACCUUAAUCGUCUUCGGCGUCAGCUUUUCGCCGAGGGCCAUGUUGUACCGCCUGCCACACAGAGAUCCUAUGCUGCUCAAAAUGAUGCCAAUACCAAUGUACGCGGGUACGUCCGUCGCGACACUGACGGCGAUGACUUUGAAGCUUCCCGUCCGGUGGAGUUUGAUGAGAAGCUCGAUGACCCCAAGUUCAACCUCCCGGGAGACUUCAGCAUGUUUGACGAAGAGUUCAUGGAACCCGAUGACUCCCACGGCAGCCAGUCGCCUGGUUCAGAAGAGGGGGACUAUCGUCAUCAGUCGCCUACUCCAAUGAGACGAGCUUCUUCAAAAUCGUCUAGUGGCUCGACGGGGUCUCAUGAUGCCGCCUUCUUGCCUCAAUUCGUUGCUCCUGUCGAAGUUGUGAGGGAUACGCGAGGACGCAGCCCUAAUCUUCUCCAACCGUUUAGCUGCGAAACUCUUGAAACGGAACCCAAGCAUGUUCGCCAUCUGUCGCAAGAAUCAAGCAACGGCACUGGCUUAUGCGAGGCGACUGUUCUACCCGAGGACUUUCUUGAGUCCAAAAUCCCACUACUAGGCACCACUACCACUCAACAACGAUAUCCAUCCCCCAACACCCAGGGACAGAUGAACAGCUACACGCUGCCCGCCUUCCCGGGCUGGCACCAUGCAUUCAUGUGCCCAAUAGCCGGGUCACAAAGUAUGCAUUCUCCUGCUCAUAGCUUUGACCAUCCCGACUACAUGACCGCUCCGUUUCCCAUGACCGUUCCCAUGCCAGUGGCACAUCAUCUGUUCAACCCAUACAUGACACUGGACCCAAGCCUCAUCAAGCAGGGCAGAGAGAGAUCCGCACCAACUGUUGCCGAACUAGGAACGGGAGCAAUGGAAUCAGGAACGGCUGCGGAUGACGGCGCGCAAAUUGGAGAUCCAUUCGUUGGCUCGUCCAACUCGGAUGCCAACAAGGCAUGCUUGCCAACUUGA